CGGGGUCGCGCUUCGUGCGCCGCGCCGAGCAGGUGGUGCUGGGGGAGGAGGAGCGGGGAGGCGGUGACGGAAGCGAAACGGAAGGCCGCGGGUCUUGCGGGGCGGUCUGGUUCGUCCUCGCGGGUCACGGGGUUGAGCGUGAUCAUCAACUCUUCUGGAGGUCGCGCUGAACAAAGGAGGAAAGGAGACCGCAUUGGUUGGUGUAGGGGACUCCGGGGAUGGACCGCCGGAGCUGGCUGUGGCGGCGCAAGUCGACGGACAGGAGCCCGGCCGAGACCGAGACCUCCGCCUCCUCAGCAUCCGAGAGGAUCACUGGUGAGCAGGAUACUGCCAAGAGUUCUCCGAAUUCGACGCAAUCACCAGAGAUCUCGUCGAAGGAAUUGGAGGAAGACAGCAAUGUAAAAGUGAAGGUGUUGAGCGAGAGGCUGUCAUCCGUGGUUCAGGAUAUCCGUGCCAAGGAUGAUCUCGUGAAGCAGCAUUCCAAAGUUGCAGAGGAGGCUGUGCUAGGAUGGGAGAAGGCCGAGGAGGAGAUCGCGUCACUGAAGACGCAGCUGAACGCUGCAACGGCCAAGAACUCAGCGCUGGAGGACCGGCUCGUCCACAUCGACGGCGCCCUGAAGGAAUGCGUCCGGCAACUCCGGCGAGCCAAGGAGGAGCAGGACCAGACGGUGCAGGACGCGCUGGCGCAGCAGGCCCGGCAAUGGGAGUCCCAUAAGACCGACCUCGAGCUGCGCAUCGUCGAGCUCACGGCGAGGCUGGAGGCCAAGUCCGAGCGCUCGGUGGCCACCGACGGCGACACGGGUUCCAAGUUGGCUGCCCUGGAGAAGGAGAACUCGGCUCUGAAGGUGCAGCUGGUCGCCAAGACGGAGGAGCUGGAGCUCCGGACGAUCGAGAAGGAGCUCAACCGGCGGGCCGCGGAGACGGCGAGCAAGCAGCAGCUGGAGGGCAUCAAGAAGGUGGCCAAGCUCCAAGCCGAGUGCAGGAGGCUGCAGGCCGCGGCACGGCGACCGUCCAUGAACGUCGAGCUCAGGCGCUCUCCGAGCUCGGCCUGCGCCGAGUCGGUGACGGACUGCCAGUCGGACUGCUCCGACUCGUGGGCCUCAGCUCUGAUCACCGAGCUCGAUCAGUUCAAGAACGACAAGAACAGCGCGAGCACCAGGGCCGCGAGCAUCGCGGCCGCGGACAUCGGCGUGAUGGACGACUUCCUCGAGAUGGAGAGGCUCGCCUCCGCGAACGAUUCGUCGAAGGGCGACGCCGCCGUCGAGGAUGCGAGCGGGCAGCUGGCGAAGCUCGAGGAGAAGGUCAAGAAGCUGGCAGUCGAGAAGGCCGAGAGGGAGAAGGCGCUGUAUGAGGCUCAGCGCGAGCUGAGGACUUCACGCCACCGGGUGAUGGUGGCCGAGGAGAAAUCAGCUGAGCUACAGCGGCAGCUGAACCUUGCUAAUGGCGAGAAACACGCCAUGGAGGCCGAGGUGGAAGCCGCUGAGGUGAAGAGAAGCGAGCUUGAGGGUAAGCUUGAGCUGGCCCGCGCCGAGAUCGCGGGCUUGCUGGACAAGGGGCACAUCCUGGAGGAACGGCUCGAAUCGGAGAAGGCUCUGACGCUGGAGCUCGCAGCCAAGUACCAUGAUAUGGAGGCCUUGGGAGCGGAGAGGAGGGAGAUAAGCGCUCAGCUGGAGGCAUCGCGGUCCGAAACCAAGAAGUUAAGUGACAAGAUCACUCUGCUCGAGAGGAAGCUGGAGGUUGAGAAGGCCUUGUCGAUCCGGCUAGCCACGAAAUGCCAUGGCAUUGAUGCUCUGGAAGCGAAGAAGAAGGGCGUAGAGCUCGAGCUGGCGACGGCACGGGAGGAGAUUGCAUCGCUGCACAAGAGAGUGAGUAGUUUGGAGCUGGAAGUUCAGGAAGAGAAGACGUCGUCUACCGAACUCGCAACACGGUGCGAAGAAUUGGAGGCAUUGGGUAAGCACAGAGAUGAUCUUAGAACCCAGCUUGAUUCUGCAAAUUCAGAGAUUGUUAAGCUGAAUGAGAAGGUUAAAAUGCUCGAGGAUGCAGUGGAGAAACAGAGGCCAGUGACAGCGGAAUUGGAGUCUCAGCUUCAGUCGAGGCAAGCAGAAAUUGAGAGUUUGAGAGAGUGUGUCAGCCUGUUGGAAAAGAAGCUGGAGAGCCAGAAGAACCUGUCAUCGGCUUACAUAUCUGCACUGGGUGCUUCUGAAACUGAAAAGAAGGAACUGGCUGCCCGUUUUGAACUCAAAGAGAAAGAAGCCGAUGAGUUACUCAGGAAGAUGAGUUUUCUGGAGGAACAGAUUUACGAAGAGAAGGCGCGGUCGUCGGAAUUUGAAGCAAAAUGUGUGAAGAUGGAAGAAGAAGUGCCAAGCAGAUCUCUGGGUCACCAACCAGUGAAGCCUACGGCAACCGAAGAUCUUCAGACCAGAAAGGAGAAAGAGCUAGCCAAGGCCGCCGGGAAACUAGCUGACUGCCAGAAGACGAUAGCUUCACUGAGCAGCCAACUGAAAUCCUUGGCCGAUCUCGACGAAUUCCUCCCUGGAACCGAGACCAGUGGCGCCGCCUCAGCCGACACUUGGGACGGUGAUCUGAAGCUGCUCCAUCCAGCGAGUUAUCCCGCGCAGAUUGGCUAUUUGGCAGUCACAUGAUCCUCGUGGCAAGUGGAUAUUUUUGUUUGGCUUUUGCCGCAUGAUGGCCUGAUGAGAUUGCCAUGAUCUUCCCCCCACAUGUCAUAUAGAGUUAAGUUAAUAGUCUAUAGGUGAGCAAAAAUGUUCAUAGGGAAAGCUGUUUAUAGAGUUGGUGAUGAGCCUUAAGGGAACUCAUAUUGAAGAUUAUCUUUGAUCUCCCUGUCCCUUGGAAAUGGCUUUUUCCCCCAACAUGUGCUGCAUCUUGAUUACCGCUUGCUUAGGUUGGAAACAUCCUCACUGUCA